AUGGAUACAAAUGAUACGAAAAAAGCUUUUAAGUAUCUUACUACUACCUUGACGGAAGAAUUCAGCUUGAGACGAGAAAAAACAGUUAAGCUAGUGCUGGGAGCAGAUGAUCUUAUCCUCCUUCUUAUUUAUCACUGGGCCCGGGACAUAUCCAUAUUUCCGAUCGAAGACCAACAUUUGGCAUUUGUAAUAAUCAUGCUUCUUUUGAUCUAUAUUGGUUGUCGAUCUACCGAGCUGGUUCAUAUAGCCAAGGGGAAGGUUGCUACCGAUCGCGAUCAAACAUAUGAAGAUGAUAAUUGGGAUAAUGGAUGCGAGAGCCUGAAUGGAUCGAAAGAUAAUGAUCCUACAUAUGAGAAUCCAGAGCCUUGGAUCGAUCCAAAGAACUCCGAUUACAAUAACAAGGAUCACGAGGAUAUUCUUAUACGAGAAUACAAAGCACUUUGCUACGAAGAUAUCUAUCUUUGA